CUUGGCUUGCGCAGUCAGCCCCUCUUGGCCUCUUACUGAUCUGAGUGAGGAUUUCCCUACUGAUUUUCUGCACCCAGAAUGGAGAUCUAGCACUGCCCCGGUUUUCUAUCUAUCCAACCCACGAAUACUUCCUUCAUAAUCAUGGAGAGCAAGGACACGAUGGCGAUCGGCACCGACACCAACUUUAGAAUUACUUUGGGAGAGUCGAGCUCGCCCUUGCCUCCCGAAUCACAGGAGACAGAGAAACUACUGUUCACGAGCGAGAGCAAAGAUGACAAGGGGAUGAAGUCCUCCAAGUCCUUCUCGAUCAACCUGGGGAGUGAAAAGUCCAUGGAACUAGAGCAGAAUGGUCACAGCCUGCCUUACAAGUCAGUGUCUGCAGGGCAUCUGGAAACUGUCUCUCAUUCUCCCUCCAGGCUCAGCCUGGGGCGAGCAUCCUCCAUCGCCACCACCUCUAAUGCCCAGGAACAGGAGAGGCCCGCAGAUUACCUCAUCUGGGCCAUCUUGUCCUGCUUCUGCCCCGUCUGGCCAGUGAACAUUGUGGCCCUGAUCUUUUCCAUCAUGGCGAGGAACAGCAGAGAACAGGGAGACAUGGACGGGGCCCGGAGGCUGGGCCGUCUGGCGAGAUUACUCAGCGUUGUCUCCAUCAUCCUGGGAAUCCUCUUUAUUGUGAUCUACUGUUCUGUCAACUUUGCAGUCGUGAAAGGGAAGAAUUAGCCUGAGAGCCCAGCUGGCAGAGGAUGGUGCCGCUCAGUCU